CUUCCCCGGGGUGGUGGUGGUGGCGGACGGGUGCGCGUGGGCCGGCCCGCCGAGGGGCUCGGCGGGGGACCGAGGGGGCCUCGGCUGUGUAAGGCCCGGAGGCGGCCGAGGCCCGGGCCGGUUUCCCCCGAGGCGGCGGCGGCUCCCGGCACUUCCCCGCGCCAUCUUAGCUGAGCCGGAGGGUUGAGGGCGCCUCCUCGACCCCGGCCGUCCCCUCGCCCCCCCCCCCGUUGGCCCCUUGUCGCAGAGCUAGGGCUAGGCGGCUGGCAGGGGCUGGGGGGGGGGCGGCGGUCUGUCGCCGGGCCCCCUCCUCCUCACUUGUCGCUCUCCAGCGUCGCGGCCACCGGAGCGCUCCGGGGGACUGCGCCUGCCUACUCCGCCCCAGACCUGCCGGCGAAAGGUUUAUGCCAGCGUGGCUUCAUUCAUACAGAUGAACCAAGCAUUGGGAUAGCAGUAUAAAAUUAGAAUCAGACAGCUGACUGCUCAGCAGGAUGCCAUCAACUAACAGAGCGGGCAGUCUAAAGGACCCUGAAAUUGCAGAGCUCUUCUUCAAAGAAGAUCCAGAAAAGCUUUUCACAGAUCUCAGAGAAAUUGGCCAUGGAAGCUUUGGAGCAGUAUAUUUUGCACGAGAUGUCCGUACAAAUGAAGUGGUAGCCAUCAAGAAAAUGUCUUAUAGUGGAAAGCAGUCUACUGAGAAAUGGCAGGAUAUUAUAAAGGAAGUCAAGUUUCUCCAAAGAAUAAAACAUCCCAACAGUAUAGAAUACAAAGGCUGCUAUCUACGAGAACACACAGCAUGGCUUGUAAUGGAAUAUUGUUUGGGAUCUGCUUCAGAUUUACUAGAAGUUCAUAAAAAGCCAUUACAAGAAGUGGAAAUAGCAGCAAUAACACAUGGUGCUCUCCAGGGAUUAGCUUAUUUACAUUCUCAUACCAUGAUCCAUAGAGAUAUCAAAGCAGGAAAUAUCCUUCUGACAGAACCAGGCCAGGUGAAACUUGCCGAUUUUGGAUCUGCUUCCAUGGCAUCUCCUGCCAAUUCUUUUGUGGGAACGCCAUAUUGGAUGGCCCCAGAAGUAAUUUUAGCCAUGGAUGAAGGACAGUAUGAUGGCAAAGUUGAUGUAUGGUCUCUUGGAAUAACAUGUAUUGAAUUAGCGGAGAGGAAGCCUCCUUUAUUUAAUAUGAAUGCAAUGAGUGCCUUAUAUCACAUAGCCCAAAAUGAAUCCCCUACACUACAAUCUAAUGAAUGGUCUGAUUAUUUUCGAAACUUUGUAGAUUCUUGCCUCCAGAAAAUCCCUCAAGAUCGUCCUACAUCAGAGGAACUUUUAAAGCACAUGUUUGUUCUUCGGGAGCGCCCGGAAACAGUGUUAAUAGAUCUUAUUCAAAGGACAAAGGAUGCAGUAAGAGAGCUGGACAAUCUGCAAUAUCGAAAAAUGAAGAAACUCCUUUUCCAGGAGGCACAUAAUGGACCAGCAGUAGAAGCACAGGAAGAAGAUGAGGAGCAAGAUCAUGGUGUUGGCCGGACAGGAACAGUGAAUAGUGUUGGAAGUAAUCAGUCUAUUCCCAGUAUGUCUAUCAGCGCCAGCAGCCAAAGCAGCAGUGUUAACAGUCUUCCAGAUGCCUCAGAUGAUAAGAGUGAACUUGACAUGAUGGAGGGAGACCACACUGUGAUGUCUAACAGUUCUGUCAUUCAUUUAAAACCAGAGGAAGAAAAUUACAGAGAGGAAGGAGAUUCUAGAACAAGAACAGCAGAUCCACAGUCUCCACCUCAAGUGUCUCGUCACAAAUCCCAUUAUCGUAAUCGAGAACAUUUUGCAACUAUAAGGACAGCAUCUCUGGUUACAAGGCAAAUGCAAGAACAUGAGCAGGACUCAGAGCUUAGAGAACAGAUGUCUGGUUAUAAGCGUAUGAGGCGACAGCACCAAAAGCAGCUCAUGACUCUGGAAAAUAAACUGAAGGCUGAGAUGGAUGAACACCGACUCAGAUUAGACAAAGAUCUUGAAACUCAGCGUAACAAUUUUGCUGCAGAAAUGGAGAAACUUAUAAAGAAACAUCAAGCUGCUAUGGAAAAAGAGGCUAAAGUGAUGGCCAAUGAGGAGAAAAAAUUCCAGCAACAUAUUCAGGCCCAACAGAAGAAAGAAUUGAAUAGCUUUUUAGAGUCUCAGAAAAGAGAAUAUAAACUUCGAAAAGAACAGCUUAAGGAGGAGCUGAAUGAAAAUCAGAGCACACCCAAGAAAGAAAAACAGGAGUGGCUUUCAAAGCAGAAGGAGAAUAUACAACAUUUCCAGGCAGAGGAAGAAGCUAACCUUCUUCGACGUCAGAGGCAAUACUUAGAGCUGGAAUGCCGUCGCUUCAAGAGAAGAAUGCUACUUGGGCGACAUAACUUGGAACAGGACCUUGUCAGGGAGGAGUUAAACAAAAGGCAGACUCAAAAGGACUUAGAGCAUGCCAUGUUACUACGACAGCAUGAAUCCAUGCAAGAACUGGAGUUCCGCCACCUAAACACAAUUCAGAAGAUGCGCUGUGAGUUGAUCAGAUUGCAACAUCAAACUGAACUCACUAACCAACUGGAAUACAAUAAGCGAAGGGAACGGGAACUAAGACGAAAGCAUGUCAUGGAAGUUCGACAGCAGCCUAAGAGUUUGAAGUCUAAAGAACUCCAAAUAAAAAAGCAGUUUCAGGAUACCUGCAAAAUCCAAACCAGACAAUACAAGGCAUUAAGAAAUCACCUACUGGAGACUACACCAAAGAGUGAGCACAAAGCUGUUUUGAAAAGGCUCAAGGAGGAACAGACUCGGAAGUUAGCCAUUUUGGCUGAGCAAUAUGAUCAUAGCAUUAAUGAAAUGCUCUCCACACAGGCUCUGCGUUUGGAUGAAGCACAGGAAGCAGAAUGCCAGGUUUUGAAGAUGCAACUGCAGCAGGAACUGGAGCUGUUGAAUGCAUAUCAGAGCAAAAUCAAGAUGCAAGCUGAGGCACAACAUGAUCGAGAGCUUCGGGAACUAGAACAGAGGGUCUCCCUUCGCAGGGCACUCUUAGAACAAAAGAUUGAAGAAGAGAUGUUGGCUUUACAGAACGAACGUACAGAACGAAUACGUAGCCUGCUAGAGCGUCAAGCCAGAGAAAUUGAAGCUUUUGACUCUGAAAGCAUGAGACUAGGCUUUAGUAACAUGGUCCUUUCUAAUCUCUCCCCUGAGGCAUUCAGCCACAGCUACCCAGGAGCUUCUAGUUGGUCUCACAAUCCUACUGGGGGUCCAGGACCUCACUGGGGUCAUCCCAUGGGUGGCCCACCACAAGCAUGGGGCCAUCCAAUGCAAGGUGGACCCCAGCCAUGGGGUCAUCCCUCAGGGCCAAUGCAAGGGGUACCUCGAGGUAGCAGUAUGGGAGUCCGCAAUAGCCCCCAAGCUCUGAGGCGGACAGCUUCCGGGGGACGGACGGAACAGGGCAUGAGCAGAAGCACGAGUGUCACUUCACAGAUAUCCAAUGGGUCACACAUGUCUUAUACAUAACUUAAUAAUUGAAAGUGGCAAUUCCAGUGGAGCUGUCUGCCAAAAGAAACCGCCUACAGACGUCAUCACAGCAGCCUCCUCACUUGGGUACUCCAGUGUGGAAGCUGAAUGUAUAUGGUAUAUUGUAUUUGUUUUUGUAAAGUGUUCUGUUUUGUGUUUACUAAUUGGGAUGUCAUAGUAUUUGGCUGCCAGGUUUUUGUGGUUAUUUUUGUUUUGUUUUUAAUUUGGGGGGAAAUUUUGAAAAGGGGAAUAGAUAGAUAUCUCAAAAGUGUGACAAAAAGAAAUUGGUUAGAUAGAGGGGUUGUUUUCUGAACAGUGUAAAAUAAAAUGAAGCAAAUUGACUUUACUCAUCACUUUAGGGGGUCCAUAUCCUAAGAAAUUUGUGAAAAGAUCCAAAGCCUUCUCCCAUUUUCCAAAUUCUGUGAGCCACUGACAGUACACUAUUAUUGAAACAUACCUUAACUCCUCAUCAGUGUAUUUUCUCUGUUAAAUCUGUCUGACUUCUGGCCAGGUGUGGUGCACACCUUUAAUCUCAGCACUUGGGAGGCUGAGGCAGGUGGCUCUCUGUGAGUUCAAGGCCAGCCUGGUCCCCAAAGCAAGUUCCAGGCCAAGUGGGGCUAUAGGGAGACCCUGUCUCAAAAAGACCAAAAAGAAAAAAAAAAUUGUCUGACUUCUCAGCCUCAUUUAGAGUGAAAAAGCAGAAACCUACAAACUCUAAAGGAUUGUGUUGACCUUUUCAGGUGGCAGAAAACAAUUUAGUUCUUUCGCUAAGUGUUUUGUAACUUUGUCAAAGAUUUUUGUCUAUUGAAUUUUGUCUUUUUUGUGUCACAGUAAGAUGGAAUUGCUCAAGGAGAUCCCAAAGCUGUAUGGGAAUUACAUUAAUAAGCCUGUGAGCUUUCAAAGGGGAAGAUGAUCAGUGUGAUAGGGGCCCCUGAAAGUCCAUGUGAUAGGUAUAUCCAGCCCUAGAGUGAGGAGAUAGAUCUGUGUAUGCUGACACUUUGUUACUUAUACUGUGAUGUUUCAUCCUAGCUAAACUAUAAGAUCCCAAACAGUACUUUUG